AUGGCACUAUAUUUUUAUCCCCAUGUUGUCUUGGGUGCCCUAGCCUCAUCGGCUCUUGUGUUAUACUUUGACAAAAUUAUUCCACCAAAUCAUGGAUAUUACUCUGUCGUCACCAAGGAUUUUAAGGAAACAAGUAAAAGUUGUUACGAAACCAUCAAAAAUUCAUGGGCUGAGAUUGAUAGAAUUGGGGCAAAGCGGAAUGGUCUUUCUAUUUUGAGCAACAAGUUUAAAACUUGUAUGCAAUUGAAAAAUACAAGUGAUCCUAAGGACUUUUUGAGAACCCAUGUUUAUGCGCAAGCAGCUCAAUAUAAUAUCCCUAGUGUGAGCAGCAUUUGUGAAGCAAUAGACAGUGGAAGCAAAAAAGAUAUACUUGCUCAAAUUUACGCAGCAGUCGAUGUAUACUCGGCCAAUUCAUAGGAUGGGAUUGGCAGGUAAAUUAACCUAAUUUAUACCUUUAUUGGAAAAGCACAUACAAUGGAAAGCAAAGAAGAGUACAAUAUUUGUGUCUUGAAAUUUCAGAGUUGUAGUGAAAUGGUGACGCCUAUGUCGUAUGGCACAAAUAAGGAUUCUAUGUUUCCAUUUGAAACUUUUAACAUGCUCAAAUUUAUCAAGGAAUGCAAACAAGAGUACAAUGUUGUGCCACGACCACAUUGGAUCACAACUUAUUAUGGAGGGCAUGUGAGUAUGGAAAAUUUCUGUCUUUUUUUCAAUUCUUUACUGCAUGAGUUCAACUUAUUUAUUCUCCGAACCCAUUGCCAAGACAUGCUUGCUGCAGAAGAAGAUGAUCGGGAAUGGUUAGUUCAUCAAAGAACAAAACAAGUUGAAAUUAUCAAUGGGUGGUUCAAGAUAUAUUAUGAAGAUCUCAAACAAUAUUUGAAAUGA